AAAGUCCAGAAGAGAGAUGAUACAAGCCCAAAUCAAGUCAUCUUGUCGUCAUCGACGGUUCUGUCUAACAAGAAGAAGAUAGAGCCAACAGUCAGUCAAUGUACGGCAAAGCAGAAGAAUCAAAUUCAGCUGGCUAACCGAUUUGAUGCUCUGGGAUCGCGAGCUGUGACAUGUUACUAGCUCACUCGUGCACUGACAUUUUAGGGCUUUCGUCGCUUUCCUAUGUGAGCUCGUCUAACUACUUGCUGUGGAAACUACAUACCGAGACAUGGCUGAGCAGUCAGAUUCUUUUGGGACAUGUCACUGGCGGCUCUCCUCACCCAUCUCCUACGAUUGAAGUUCGUACAGGCAAUGAAGUUUCGGAAGCGCCAAACCCUAAUCUUGUGAAAUGGAUUCGAGAUGACCAGAAGAUAAUGGCGUUGUUCUUUGAUACCCUGUCUGAAGAAGCACUUCGGUCUGUAUAUGGUCUUCAAACUGCUCAGGAGGUAUGGUUCUCUCUUGCUAAGAAGUACAAUAGGAUUUCUGCCUCUAGGAAGUGUGAUCUUCAGCGUAGACUUCAGUCGGUUUCAAAACAAGGAAAGAAGUUAGCUGAGUAUCUAAGCGAUGUGAAACUGAUUUGUGAUCAGCUAGAUUCCACAGGCUGUCAUGUUCCUGAGAAUGGGAAGAUUUUUGGUGUGUUGAAUGGUCUGGGUCAGGAAUAAGAAACUAUUAUUGCGGUGAUUGAAAAUGCGAUGGACUCGGAGCCUGGUCUCUCCUUUGAAGAUGUUGAGAUAAAUCUUACUAAUUUUGAUGAGAAGAUUCAGGCAUACGCAGCUAACAACACAGUUUCUCCUCACUUGGCUUUCAGUACUGGUCGAGGUUACACAAAUCGUGGUCGUGGUCAAGGUAGAUCUGGUUAUUCUCGUGGACGUGGUUCCUAUUCCACUCGUGGUAGAGGUUUUCAUCAACAAAUCAGUCAGGAUUCUUCCUCUGAGAACAACACACGUCCAACUUGCCAGAUAUGUCACAAGUACGGUUAUUCAGCCUAUAAAUUCUACAAGCGGUUUGAUCAUGCAUAUCAGCCAGAGGACUACACCAAUGCGUUAGCUGCUAUCAGAAUUUCAGAUGGAACAUUGCAGUCAUGACAUGAGUGGUAUGCCGACUCUGGAGCAACUUCUCAUAUCUCAAACUUGCCUGCUCAUCUUCAGACUGUUCACCCAUAUCAUGGAGAUGAUUCAGUCAUCGUUGGAAAUGGUGAGUUCCUCCCGAUUACUCACAAGGGUCUGAUGUACUGAUAUAUGGUGUUUUUGGCAUCUUGUAUAUAUGUUUUCUAAUUGGUUUUCAAGUCUUUAUCGCGUCUUCCUAGUCAUUUUCGAGUCAUUACAGGUCUGGAGCUGCAUUGGAUGGGAGAUGCACCAGUUGGAACAAAAGAUGCAGAAAAGAAUGCAAUCUGGAGAUUUUCACGCGGAACAGUCUGAGUGACUGUUCCCGAUAGCGGAGCAACCCGAGUGACUGUUCCAGAUAGAGCGGAGCAACCCAAGUGCAUGUUCCAGCGGCAGAGAUUUUUAAGGAAACUACAAGUCAUUACGGGAUUUGCCCUAAUUAUCCCAUCUUUUUUUCCCAGCCGCCUGUGGCUUUGAUAUAUCAUAUUUUUCUCUUUCUUUUUACAUUCUACGCUACUUUUUACACAAGGAACCUGACUUGAGCUUUGAGAGAUUUGUGAUUUGAUACUUUAUAAAGGGAGAAGGCUCCAUCUCUCUCACGAUAGAGAAGAACCCCCUGAACCCUUAUUAUAUUUUAUCUACACAUGUUUUAUUCA